GGGAGGAGCAAAGCUUGUUGUCUUCCUGUAUGUGAGCAGGUGAGACACACCUGUGCCGUGGAUCCGACUGUCUGGACCAGACCAGGACACCUCUGUAUAGAUUAUCAAUUUGGGUUCAGCUGCAGUUCGUCAUUUUUCGGCAAAACUUUCCGUCACUUUUUGAAGACAGAAAGUCCCAGACGCGUCAGGCGGCGGUGAACGCGAACCUUCCGCUCUGUUCGGACUGACAGCCGCUGAAAUGGCUCCACCCUCGGCCUCCUUCCUCCUCCUCAUCCUCCUCCUGGCCAUGGUCUUGGUCCGGACCGGAGCGCCAUCAUGCAGCGGCGGUUUCCGCGCCGGGCAGGACGACUUUGUGCUUUAUGCAGAAGACGCGGUGAAGGGGGGAGCGGUUCUGCUCUCCAGUGCGCAUGUGCCAUCUCCGGAGGAAUGUGAGCGCAUGUGCUGCACGGACCCGCAGUGUAACCUGGCGCUGGUAGAGCCGCGCGACGAAGGAGCGGCAGGAGCGGAGGAAUACCGCACCUGCGUCAUGUUCGACUGCGUCCACAGAAACCGGUUCGCCUGUAGGUUCAUCAGCCAGACCGGGUUCCGGAGCUAUGUCAAGGAGUCUGUGUUCGUGAAGCACCUGGGGGCUCCGCAGGGCUCAGGUGAACAUCCUCCACCCAUCGCUGUCGCCGGUCGGGAUGUUGUCGUUCAACCUGGAUCCACGGUGACGCUCAACGGCGUCGAGAGUCUGGCUGUGGGCGACGCCUCCAUCAGCGACUACCAGUGGAGUCUGGAAAGCGGAGAUGACACCGUGAGCAUGCAGAAAACCGAUUUCCCAGACCAGGUUCAGAUCUCCAAUCUGCAUCCUGGGACCUACAUCUUCCAGCUCCAAGUCACUGACUCCAGGGGAAAAUCCAACACCGCCAAGACCACCAUCCUGGUCCUCAACCCUGAUGAGUCCACCUUGUACUGCCUGGCUCCUGCAAAGGUCGGUCCAUGUCGAGCAUCAUUUCCUCGAUGGCGUUACGAUGCCACCACUGGCGAGUGUCAGGAGUUUGUGUUUGGAGGCUGCAAACCAAAUAACAACAACUACCUGUCCAAAAAUGAGUGCACGCUGGCCUGUAGCGGAGUCACAGCAUCGUCUGAGAGGAGAGACGGUCUGCUUGUCAAAGAGGUGUGUGGGUCAUCAUGCGGUACUAAUCAGCUGACUUGUGACAACGGAUGCUGUCUGGACAAAACUCUGGAAUGUGAUGGAGUGAAACAGUGCGAAGACGGAUCUGAUGAGGACCACUGUAACAAAUUGAACCGGACUCUCAACCGCCUCCUGAGUAUUGAUGUCAGCCAGAGGAAAGCGUGGUGUACGGCAGCCCCCUCUCACCGGUCCAUGUCGGGCCAGUCACACCCGAUGGUACUACGACCCCUUGAACAGGAAGUGCCAACGCUCACCUACGGAGGCUGCACACGCAACGACAACAACUUGAGGAGGAGCAAAAUACGCUUUGAAAGUGAAGAUGAAGAUGAAAGUGACUCAGGUUCCGUCGCACUUGCUGUGAUUCUGGCCGUCGCCAUCUUGGCUCUGUUGGCGAUCCUCACCUACUGCUUUCUGAGGGCGCGGAGGGAGCGUGCUCACCAGCCCGUUGCCACAGGCCCCGCCCAUGUGGCUCUGUCAGAACAGGACACACUCGUCUACAACAGCACACCAAACCUAUAUGAUGUCACCCGCCACCUCUAGAAUGACCACUGACCUGCAGUUUUCCUGCCUGGUUUUCUCACAUGUUCCUUCUGUUUUCCAUUAUUUUUCUGCAGUUUUUCCUGAUUCUGUUUUGUUGUUGUUAUAGUUUUACUCUGUGUCUGUAUUUUUCUGCUCUUCAUUUUAGAUAAGUGUGUUGUAUUUUUCAGUCUAAGCAUGUUUAUCAUAUUCACCUUUUCUUCAUGGUAAAACUUUGUCAUUUUUGUUCAUUAAUAUUUAUAAAACCCUGCAUUUGUUUUUGGGUCUCAGGGACAGUUUGAUUGUAAA